AUGGACGUCGUCGAGACGUUCCCCGCCGCCGCGGCGACGGACGACAAGCGCGCCCGGACCGUGACGCCGCGCAAGGGCCCGACCUGCGCCUUCUGCGCGCAGCCCGGCGCGACGCGGCGCUGCGGCCGCUGCAAGGCCGUCAACUACUGCAGUCCCGGGUGCCAAAGGGAGCACUGGAGGGCGCACAAGGACACCUGCGCG